UGACCAGACCGUUGCCAGAUUUCUGGGUAAGCCGAUGUGUCUGCUUGUUUUGGCUGUGUCGCCAAUUUGGUGGAGCGCGCGAGAACCAGACGUGAACCGUUACCGGCUGACACGCACGCACGAAAUAUGAGUAUAGAUGGGCAGUAAGGCCACUGUAAGAAGACCAAAGCAAGACUGGAAGUACAACCGGAAAAAGACUAUAGUAAGUCAGGUUGUAAUUGUAUGAAUCGCAGUAAGACCCCAUUGUAAACCCUGGAACAAGACCUCAGACUGGUUGUAAGAGCACCUUGGAAGGACACCAUCGUACGAUCAAAGUAAGACCCGUAAGAAGACCAAAAUAAGACUAAUGGUAAAAUCUGAGAGAGACCUGUCAAAGAGAAGCGUCUGUUAUCUGAGAUGUUUUUGUUUCUUUGCUGACAUCACCGCAUGCGUAGCUCCCGGGGGGAUGACGGGCGGCCCGAGAGCCGCCGAUUUGCCGUUUCCCCGGCGACCGUAGGCAGCACGUGCUCGCUUGUUUUGUUCGCCUGCUGAAAAGACAAACACACGCGAAGGUGCUAGAGUCACCGUGCUGUCAGACGACGGGCAUUGUGUCCUAUCUGAGCGAGGCUACAAGUGUCAAACCUUUAUUAUUCCCGCAGGCUGUCCAACGUGACACUGACCAUAUGGGACGCAUGCGAUGCAAGCGUAAGCUGCUGAAUAUUUCAUUGUUACAGGAUCAGGUUUUGUAGUGCCAUAAAGCCAGAGAUUGCCAGACUGACCUUCCCCAGGGCAGCGAUGAUCCAGUUAGGGUUAAAGAUUGCGUUUGUUUGUUUGUCAUGUGCGCUUGAUGGAGAUGGAUGUAUAUUACAAAUGGGCAGACCUUUUUUUUUUAUUGUAGAGGUUUAUUGUUUCCAUUUAGGUUCCGGUGGCAAAAAUUCGAAAGCAUUUAUCUCAAAAUUUUGCAGGUGUUUAUUUUUUAUCCAAACAUAAAAACAACACAUUUUUGUUUUAAAGAAAAACUAUAAAAAUAACUCUUAAGACCUGCUGGUAAUAACACCAUGGCAAGACAGGUACUAAGAGGUGGUAGCAAGACCACGGUAAGACCGGUUGUAAGACUGUAUUGUAAGAUCAGUUGUAGGACUCUAGUAAAACCAUAGUAAGACUGGAAGCAAGACCGAUAAUAAGAUUAUACAGUAAGACCAGAAAAAAAAUACAUGCUUUUCGUUAUAAAGCGACAAUAUCUCUGUGUAUUUAUUUUUUUUGUAACCUUUAUUCAACCAGGUUGGUCUCAUUGAGAUUAAAAACCACUUUUUCAACAGAGACCUGGCGCAAGACAGAAGUUUCAGGCAUGUUUUGAAUUAAAUGAAGUGAAUUUUAUCAAGCAAAACCUCAAGAGUGAAUGCAGUGCUCAGGACUAAGAAAGGCCUGCAUCUUAUCUUUCUGUUCAGCGUCAAAACAACAUUGAUAACCGUGACACUACUAAGUGCUGACCACAAAUAACAGUGCCGCACGACUCGGAUCCUAUCAGGUCCGGCCAACAGCGCUCAGUAGACGCUAGAUCCAGUCUUACGUUGUGGAUUUCAAGGUGGGUGUCAUGUUCUGCGUGUCCCUAAACACCGUUGUUUGUGUUCCAGGGACCCCUGCGGGACACACUGGGAGACCGGGAUGUCCUCAACAUGAUCCAGUUGUUGAGAGCCGAGGGAGUCAACGCUGAACACGUUCCUCCUGAAAAAGGCGUUAGCGAGGAGCUGCGAGUAGAAGACAACAGGCUGGCGGAAGCUUCAAAGUACACAUGCAGUCCAGAGGUGAGCACUUUACGCAGCACACAGCAGUGCGGAUUGGGCGCGUCAUCAGUGGCGUGACGAGUGUCAGCACCGAUACUGACGGAACCUUUUCGGACCAUCUACUGGCCGCCACGGACGCGCCGCCGCCGCCUUCGGAGGGGCCCCCUGCGGCCAUGUUGGCGCCCGACGCCCACGCCACGGACCCUCCCUUGUACAGCUGCAGCCUCAGUCCCAGCCACGUGUCUCUGGAGGUGGACAGCGAGGAUGACGACGCGGAGACGAGGACGCUGUCGUCGCCGCCCUCGUCCACCGUCGACAGAAACAGUGGCACCGGCCCGCCUUGCGCUCGCAGCCUCUCCACCUCCUCGGCGUGUGAACCUGUCCCCAAUAAGCUGAGUGAGUCGGCAAUGCGACUGCGCUCCUAUUCGUACUCGUCCGCCAAAAUCCCAUCACGUCCUCCUCGCUUCGGCCGGAAUGCCAGCAGCCCAGAUGACCCGCCCCACGGCGGCAGCCAUAGCCGAUCUCUCCUUCAGGCGCUCUCUCUGUCUAUCUCUCUCUCCCUGCUACACCCGGCUAAGCAAAGAGCCUCAGAGUCACAGUCCCAUGAGAAGAGGGAGUUUCGCUCCCCUCGCGACGACAACGAGGGCGGUGCGGCGCCGUUGGAAUCCCUGCGACAUCUCACCCUAUCCGAGUUCCUCAAAGAGAUUGACGAGGAACAGGACAGGAACGUGUCCGACAUCCCGACCAAGGCCGAUUCGGACAAGUACAAAGUCAUUCGCACCUUCAGUUUCCUCAAGAGCAAGAUGUCCAAUACGCGCAACAAGACCAAGACCAAAGGGAAGGACCAAGAGAGCAAGGAUAGACGAACCACGGCGCAGCACUUUUUCGCCAACACCUGUGUAUCUCCCACCACGUGCGUGGUGUGCGACAAGCCAGUGUUCGGAAAAGACCUUCUGCAUUGCGCUGCCUGCACUGCCACAGUCCAUAAAGCCUGCAAGGAGUCGAUCCCACCGUGUUUUAAGAAGCUCCAGGAGAAGAAUGCGCUUAUCACGGUGAAGAGCAGGACGGCAUCUCUCCCGCAGAAUUUCACCAUAAGAGAGAGUCCUCCUCAAUGCGCGAUGCCACCGAUGGACUCCAAAGAUCCGGCGCCCUCCGGUUCUCUUGCUGGAAACGACGGUGGUCUCACCGAGAGCUCCGAGUCGGAGAUGGACACCGGGAAGCCGAGCUGUCGAUCUGAGGAGCUCCAGACCACGUCCUGCAAUCAUUGGAGCCCAGGGGAAGACUACAGCGACCUCGCCGCCGACGCCGCCGAUUACGAGGCCGAGUCGUGGAGUUUGACGGUGGAGCUCAACUUCUGCAAGAAGCAGGACAGGCGCGCUGUCAAGAGGCAGGACGUCAUCUACGAGCUGAUGCAGACGGAGCUUCACCACCUCCAGACGCUGCACAUCAUGGCGGCGGUGUUCCGCCGAGGCUUGCGGGAAGAAGUGCAGCUGGACAGCGAGGCGCUGGAGCGCCUCUUCCCCUGUCUGGACCAGCUGUUAACGCUCCACCGCGCUUUCUUCGCCGCCUUGAAGGAUCGACGGCACAACUCGGCGCAGCCGCGUGAACACAAGAACUACCUCAUGCAGCGCGUCGGAGAUGUGCUGCUGCACCAGUUUUCAGACGAGAGCGGCGAGAAGAUGCGGCGCGUCUACGGGGAAUUCUGCAGCCGGCACAGCGAAGCGGUCGGCUUGUUCAAGGCGCUGCUGCAGAACAACAAGCGGUUUCACAACUUUGUCAAGCAACAAGGAGGUAACUCUCUGGUGCGACGACGGGAGAUCCCAGAAUGCAUCCUGCUGGUCACCCAAAGGAUCACCAAGUAUCCCGUCCUGUUGGAGCGGAUCCUGCAGUACACGCAAGAGGGCACAGCGGAACACGGCGACCUGUCGGCGACGCUGGCGCGCAUGCGCCAGCUGAUCGCCGCCGUGGAGCUGCGGGUGAGCGAGUACGAGCGGCGGCGGCAGCUGCGCGACGUGUGGAGCCGCACGGAGAGCCGCAGCACGGCCAAGCUCAAGAACGGGCGCACCCUGCGCAAGCAGGACAUGAUGGGCCAGACGCUCAAGCACCAGGGCGCCCUCCUGUGGAAGACGGCCACCGGGAGACUCAAAGACGUCCUGGCUCUCCUGCUCACCGACUCCCUGGUCUUUCUGCAAGAGAAGGACCAGAAGUACACCUUCGCCGCUGUGGACCACAAGCCUCCCGUCAUCGCGCUGCAGAAGCUGAUCGUACGCGAGGUGGCCAACGAGGAGCGAGGCAUGUUCCUGAUCAGCGCCUCGGCCAGCGGGCCCGAGAUGUACGAGGUCCGCGCCGCGUCCAAAGAGGAACGCGACGCCUGGAUGAGAAUUGUUCACCAGGCCGUGGAGAGCUGUCCCAAAGAAGAGGAGGAAUACUCGAGCGAGUCAGAAGAGGAGAAGCGUGUCGCCGAGGCUCGCUUUCAAAAGGUCCAGAAAUUGCAAGAGAGUCUGACAAGCCGGGACCAGCAGAUCUGCUCCAGCCUGGAGGACAAGCUGCGGACGUACGCGGCGCUCUCGGCGGGCGCGGCGCCCGUCGAGCCGCGGCUGCUCGUGCGGCCGCGCGCGGACGAGCUGCCACGGGCCAGCGUGCUGCUGGGCGCCGCGCUGCGAGAAGCCGAGAACCUGAAGCACACGCUGGAGUCCAGAUCCGGACGCAGCCCGGACUCUGGCGGAGACUCUGCGCUCGCCGGAAGUCCCGUCACCCCUCCGGAACAGCUGCCCGACAGAGAGGCGGCUUCACCCGCGGACCGCGAGAUUGUUCAGUUUCCAUCACCGACUCACCUGCAAAGUGAUGACUUCAACAUUGCUCGCAGUGUGCAGAGCCUCACGCAGCUGCUCUACAGUCUGCAGGCCGCGGUGACCAUCCAGGACAGCUGCUACGAGCUGCAGAGGUUCCUCCUCCGCGAAGCCGGGCUCCCGCCCCAGCGCCCGCCGAGCGCCCGCGGCGCCGGCGACCGACGAGUCGCGCGGCACCACCUGGAGAAGUGCAAGGACGACCCGGCGAGGAACCGGGAGUGCUGGGAGAGGGAGCGCCAGGCUCGGGAGAUCCGGCUGGGCGAGAAGGAGAGCGGCGUGGACGAGCGGGAGCGCCGGUGCCUCCUGCUGGCCGAGGAGCUGCGGCGCGAGCGCGAGGAGCUGGAGCGGCAGCAGGAGGAGUACCGGACCAAUCUGGAGAGGCUCCGGCAGGGCCAGAGGAGCAUGGAGAGGAAGCGAGAGCAUCUGGAGAAGCACCGGAAGGUUCUCCACACAUGGAGGCACGGCCGGCAGAGGAGCCUGCCCGACGCCAUCAUCCCGCUGGACGGGCAGCAGCUUUUGUCCUUUGACCUUUCCUCGAUCCCGUCCCAGAACUCAAGUGUGGGAAACGGCGACGUGUUUGCGACCGGGUCGUCGUCGCCCGGCGGAGGCCUCGUCACAAUCGGCAACAACAACAAGCGCAAAGGAAGCGACGGCAGCGCGCACAGUUGCCUCGACACGCUGCUGGCCAUGUCCAACAGCAGAACAUCAGUCGCCCCCGACACCUCCACCAUCAGUCCCGAAGCGUACGGACGGCGCUGGACGACGGCGGGCGCUUUGUUUGAUCAGCGCCACACGGGCGAGGCCUGGCCCUCAUCGGCGAGUGAUGGCGGCAAGUCGUACCCGCCGCCAUUGGUAACCCCUGACCUUGGGUGGCCGGUUUCCAUGGAGACUGGCGACAACGAGGAGGUCCGAGAGGAAACGGUCGUGUACCUCUGAACAGAGAUCGUGUUUAAAUGUUCUUGCUUAUGUGUGGCAUCAUUUAUAUUAUCAUGAGUCCUGUAAAAUUUGUUACAUUAUUUUCAUCAUCCCCCCCCAAAAAAAAUGUUUAAUUUCAGUGUAUUUAUUCAUUUUAAAAUAGCUCAUGAAAUAAUUGGUUCAUUUAUUGUAAAUAAAAUACAAAAAAAAUAAAAUAAUAAUAAAUAAUAAAAAUAGUAAAUUAUUUUUAGUUGUUAUCGCAAUCAAUAAAAUAAAACAAAGACAU